AUGGCAACAUAUGAAAGAAUCGAAAUAGAAUUAGAGAAGGCAAGAGGAGAUUAUGAGAAGGCGGAGAAGAAUUUGCAGACGUUUGAAGAAGGAGAAGACGAUGGGAAAUGGCUAAAGGAGUUGAGGAAUAAAGUGAGAAGAAGCAACAUUAGUGAAGAGGAGAAGAGGCAGCUGGUAAGACUGGAGGAAGAAAAAGAAAAGUUGGAAACGACAAAGAUGAAGUGGGAUGACCAGGUGAUAAAACUGCAAGCUAAGUUAGUUGAAUUCAAUAAUGAAAAAGACCUUAGUUCUCCUGAAUCAAUAGUAAGGUUUUUUACGGAGGAAUAUGAGAAUAAAAAAUUGAUCAAGACUGAUUUCACAAAACCAUACCAACUGUGCGAUAAUAAAUGUGCUUUCAAAAGAGAAGGUCGAGAUGAUGCAUUAUGUCAAACAUAUGAUUACAUUUAUGACCGGUAUUGUAAUCUUAGUAGCGCAAAAAGUCUUGCUGAUAAACAAUUACAUCCUCUUUUCGCACUUCAAUCAGCUCCAGGAGGGGGAAAAUCAUUCUUUUUUGACGAGUUAGCUAGUUUGAAAGGUGAAGAUAUUAAUAUGAUUAGUCAUUAUUUAGAAAAUAAAUAUCCUCAUCAGGAUAUAAUAGUCAAAGAAGUUAUAAAUAUGAUUCGUAAUUCAAUCAGCAUUUGUAUUACAUAUAACGGAAGUUCAUCUGAUGGUAAUAUGGAUGGCAUUCAAAAAGGAUUAAUCAUGCGAAUUUUAUGGAGCUACUUUUUCGAUGAGAAUAAGUUAACCUAUGGUGCUUUUUGCAAGAAAUUUAGAGAAUAUUUUGAUUCAUUGGACACUUAUACGGCAAUUGAUAGUAUCAUUUAUCAUUCGGGUAAAUCAGUACUUUUAUGUAUUGAUGAGACUAUGAGAGUUUUACAAAAUGGCCAUGAGGAUCUCAUAAAUCUUAAAAAAUUACUAGACGAACUCUACAAUCCUUACCGGGACUUUUCAAAAUCAGUCAACAAAUUCUAUUUUGUCGUGUCUACUCUUGAUACACUAAAUGUAUGGAAUACCCAAACAGACUCACAAAGACCGGUUCAUUGGAUAUCACUAAGAAGGCUUGUUCUCUCGGAAUCAGCAAAUUUAUUUUGUACACUAACAAAAGGUUUAGAUGAAAAAAGACUUUUUGUUAUUAACAAAUGUAUCGCUGAUUGUAACGGACAUCCAAGAACCCUAGAGUACUUUUAUAAAGUUUUGAAAGCCGAUGAUACAGCUUUGAAUAUUGAUGUUUACA